AUGGAUAACAUCAAGAACACCGUCAACUACAUCAAGGAGUCCCUCGCCGGCUCCGCCUCCACCGCUUCCAAGGAGGCCAACAAGAACGUCGCCAAGGACGACAACGCCAGCCUCGGCACUCGUGCUCAGGCAGCUGGUGAUGCCAUCUCGGACAAGUUUGAUGAGCAGAAACAUAAUCGUCAAGCCGAUGUUCAUAAGGAGGCUGCCAAGCACUAG